UAUCUCAACAAAAAACAAAGCCCAACAAGUAUUUAUUUUGCCAGUUUUGUAAGCAAUUAAUUGAAUAGAGUAAGUAGAGACGGAGCAAAAACAAGAGAAGCGUUUGGAUUCGACGUUUGCCUUAUCCGUUCAGCUCAUCUUCUUCUUCUUCUUCGUCACCUCUGAAUUAGUUUCCCAGAAUCCGAAAUUCCUAGGAAGAGAACAUAACAAUGGCGCAGAUGGUUGCGAUGCCCGUAGCGCACUCGCUCUCACUCAUUUGCAAUUGGGCAAAAUCCAAUCCUCUCUCUCGCAACACUCUUGCCCUCCCAGCUUCAAACACUCCCAAUAAGCAGAGUCUAAGCAUCAGAUGUGCUCGUGUUGGUGGAGUGGAGAUUCCGGCUAAUAAGAGAAUUGAGUACUCUCUUCAGUACAUUCAUGGGAUUGGUCGAACUAGGGCUCGUCAGAUUCUUGUUGAUCUUCAGAUGGAGAACAAGAUUACUAAAGACAUGGCUGAGGAAGAACUCAUCAUUCUUCGUGAUGAAGUCUCCAAGUACAUGAUUGAGGGUGAUCUGAGGAGGUUCAAUGCUCUUGCAAUCAAGAGGUUGAAGGAGAUCCAGUGUUACCGUGGGGUAAGGCACAUCCAAGGGCUGCCAUGUCGGGGACAGAGAACCAAGAACAACUGCAGGACUCUUAAAGGCAAGAAAAUUGCUAUUGCAGGGAAGAAGAAAGUUUCCAAGUAAUCAUCUUCAUGAUCUCCUUCUUCUUCUGUAAUACUCUUUUUAGUUUGUCUAGUCAUCUCUGUUUAAAUGUGAUUUGUAAUUCCCAAACCUUUGUUCGAACUGAGCCCUUUCCAGUUUAUCUUCGGCUUUUUAGCUAUUAUUAUUCCGUAUCUUCAUCAUUCAUUAUAAAGUUACAAAAGAAGUUGAAGAUUUCAGCAUUCAAGAAUGAUGACAAACCAAGAACAAACUUGAAAAUUUGGUCGAACCAAAAAUGGUUUAUUCAGAAUACGUACAUAUGAAUACAUAAGUAACCAAAAAAUAAAAUUUUAUAGCUUUUGCCAAAAGACUCGAUCUUGGAUUGUCUCUAAUCCUACCCAGAAAAUCUUGCUAUCACACAAAAAAAAGGAAGAAAAUGAAUAAUAACAGGGUAAAAAUUUUCAGUAAGAGAACUCAUGGCCGCGGAGUGAAAUGUAUUUCUUGACCCAAAUGGCAAUAUCUUCGGCGCAGGCCUGUGCCUGAGGAGUCUUGAGAAGCAUAUCAAGUGUAGCAAACUCAUGAACUGCGUCUUUGUAUUCUAAAACUGGAGAAUCUACGUUUACCUUUCUAAGCUCUUCUGAAUAAGCAAUGGCUCGGUCUCUCAUC